AUGAGUAACGCCGGAGGCCUUCAGGACGAUGUCCUGGCCAAGGCUCACGUUCCCCAGGCCACUGUGCAGGGCACCUCGAAGGAGACUCGCGGCUCAUUCGACGUGACCGCCGCCGCCGCCCCUCCCCUCGAAGACAACUACUACGACUCCAAGUCCGACGAUGACUACGAGGAUAAGCCCACCGAGGAGGAGUUGAACACGCUUCGCCGUGUCUCGGGUCCCAUUCACUGGGGUAUCUACACCAUCGCCUUCGCCGAGCUUUGCGAGCGUUUCUCAUACUACGGUUCCUCCGUCUUGUACACCAACUUCGUCAUGCGACCCCUUCCUCCGGGUUCGACGACCGGCGCCACUUACGGCGCUGAUAUCCCCGCCGGUGCCUUGGGCAUGGGUCAGAGAGCCUCUCAGGGUGUCUCUUUGGUGAACCAGUUCUGGGCUUACCUCGUUCCCCUUUUCGGUGGUUGGUUGGCCGACUCCAAGCUGGGUCGUUACAAGGUCAUUCACAUCGCCAUCGCCGUUUCCACUGUCGCUCACAUUAUCCUGACUGUCGCCGCCGCUCCCUCCGUCAUCUCCAAGGGCAAGGUCGCCUUCGCCCCGUUCUUCCUCGGUCUCUUCACUCUUUGCUGCGGUACUGGUCUGUUCAAGGCGAACAUUUCUCCCCUGCUCGCUGAGCAGAACAAGGACACCCGCAUGCGCGUUGAGACCCGCGGCGGCGAGCGUGUCAUUGUCGACCCCUCCGUCACCAACACCCGUAUCUUCCUGUGGUUCUACUUUGCCAUCAACUGCGGUGCCGUCAGCGGUCAGAUCUCCAUGGUCUUCGUUGAGAAAUACCACAGCUUCUGGCUGGCCUUCCUCCUGCCCACCAUCCUCUUCCUCAUCUGCCCCGUUGUCCUCUGGUCCAACAAGAAGAAGUACCACCUCACUCCCCCUACCGGCUCCGUUCUCGAGAAGUUCUUCCGCAUGUCCAACUUUGCUGCGAAGCGCUCUGGCGGUAUCACCAAGCUGAACUGGGAGAACGCGAAGCCCAGCAACGUCCCCGUUGCUGAGCGCCCCGGCUGGUUGACUUACGAUGACGCCUGGGUUGACGAAGUCCGCCGUGGUCUCAAGGCCUGCAAGGUCUUCCUCUUCCUGCCCAUCUUCUUCCUCGCCUACAACCAAAUGACCAACAACUUGACCUCCCAGGCUGGUUCUAUGGUCCUGAACGGUGCCCCCAACGAUGUUAUCCAGAACUUGAACCCCCUCUCCAUCAUCAUCAUGAUCCCCAUCCUUGAUCACCUUGUCUACCCCGGUUUCCGCAAGAUGGGUUUCAACUUCACUCCCAUCAAGCGUAUGACCACUGGUUUCUUCUUCGCCGCCGCCGCCAUGGUUGCCGCCACCGUCAUGCAGCACUACAUCUACCAGAUGUCUCCUUGCGGCAACCUGGCCACCAUCUGCGAGGAGGGUCCUGCUCCCAUCAACGUCUGGGCUCAGUGUCUCCCCUACGUUUUCGUCGGUCUCGCUGAGAUCUUCACCAACGUCACCUCGUACGAGUACGCUUUCUCCAAGGCCCCCGAGAACAUGAAGUCCCUUGUCAUGUCCGUCAACUUGGCCAUGAGUGCCGUCUCUGCGGCCAUCGGCCAGGCCUGGACUCCUCUGUCCGAGGACCCCCUCCUCGUCUGGAACUACGCCUCCGUCGCCAUCAUCGCCUUCCUCGGUGGUGUCGCCUUCUGGUUCUGCUUCAAGCACCUUGACGGGGAGGAGGACGAGCUCAACCAGCUCAAGAAGACCAAGUUCCUUGGCUCCAACCAGCCCACUGCCGCGGCUCAGGACGACCAGGUCGCCCAGGCCCAAGUUUCUGAGAAGGUUUAA